AUGUCCCUUUCAUCACUGACCAACCACAGAAAACUUGCGUCCGUCGUCAUCGGUCAACCUGAUACUCAGUCGCAGGGAACAAUCGACAACCCUUUCCAACCCAGCCCUUAUAAAUCCGUACUUCUCACAGACAAUCCAAUAGGACGGAGUCUGGAUUCCGAAGAACUUGACGGAUUGAUUCCUAUGGUUUUCUCUUCACCGCCGACAAGAACAUACGUCGAAAGACGAAGUCCUGCAAGACUCAAGUGCCAAAGACAAAAGUCCAAAAUUGAAACAGCGAGGACUCGCCAUCCUUUAGUGGAUUCUGAAGAUGAUAUUAUCUUUGUAUCACUAGUAAACAUUUGGACAUUGAUGUGUCAGUUACUCGACCAGGCCAAAAUAAUUUAG